UGCUUUGUCGUGUGCUGAGUGCGCGACGUGUUUAUGGACUGAUACGGUUUCUUUGUUAUUUAUUUUAGUAACCUGAUUGGUUUCCUGUUAAUUUAUAUAUAAUUUGUUAUUUUUUGUAUUUAUUUUUUUAUUGCUUUACUCAACAUUUUGUUCGAAAAUGAGUAAAAGAGGCGUUGUUUUACAUGGGCGUGCUCGGGAAAUUAUCAACAAUGUGGACAAAUACUUUGAGUGCGAAAAGCAGCAAAACUUAGAAUUGAUACAACGAUUAAAGGAAGCUCGAAUUCUCUGCGGACCAGAAGGAAAUAUAAUUUUGUCUCAUAAAGUAUAUGUAAACAUUUUGCAAAGACUGCAAAAUGCAAAUAAAGUGGGUGAGCGAGUUCAUUUGGCUACUGGUAUAAAUAAAAAUACUUUAACACGUAUCCGACGCGAGACAAGAGAUGCGGAGGCUAGCUGUAGUAAGAUAACGACACCAAAAAAGAAAGGUCGCGGUAAAUCAGUAGUUUGCGAAAGUUUUGAAAUUGCUGCACUACAUAACAUCAUAAAUUCAAUUUACACAGUAAGAAAAAAAUUUCCAACGUUGAAUAAAAUAUUUGCUACUGCUAAGGAGGAAUUGCAAUAUCCAGGUAGUAAAAAUACAUUAAAAAGAAUAUUGGUAGGGUCGUUAGGUUACAAAUUUAAAAGAUGUCAGAGUAAUAGAUUUGCUCUUAUACAAAGGCCUUAUAUCGCAGCCUGGCGUGCAAAAUAUUUGCGACGUAUUCGUGAAAAUGACGCUCUGGGAGCUGAUAAGAAACCCGUCAUAUAUUUAGGCGAAACCUGGAUUCAUGCUCUCUAUGCAGGAAAUAAAUUUUGGCAGACAAGCACAAUAUCUGGCGUUAAAAAAAGUGACAGCGCAAGACCUCGUUGGAUUAUUACUCACGCUGGAGGUGAAAAUGGUUUUAUUGAUGGAGCACUUUUCAUGUUCAAGGUCAAAUUAAAAACAGGAGAUUGUCAGGACACAAUGAAUGGUGCCAUCUUUAAUAAUUGGAUUAAUGAAAGCUUAAUACCCAAUAUUCCAAAAAAUUCUAUAAUCGUAAUGGACAAUGCACCUUACCACAACAUGGAGUAUUCUAAGCCUCCAAAUAUGACCAGUAAAAAAGAAGAAAUGCAGUCAUGGCUAUCAGAAAAUAAUAUAGAAUUCGACGAAUACUUUACGAAAGCAGAAUUGUAUGAGCUAAUAAAAAAGCACAAACCUCCAAAAAACUACGUUAUUGAUAAUUUAUUAAAUUGCCAUGGCUUUGAAGUUUUGAGGCUGCCACCAUACAAUUGUGACUUGAAUCCAAUUGAAUUUAUUUGGCACUUAAUAAAACGUAGAGUGGCAGCCAAAAAUGAAAAACAUUUAGAAAGCCAAAUGGAGAGUCUGACGCUGGAAGCAAUCAAUUCUAUAACAAGCGACGACUGGAAGAAGGAAUUAAAUCAUGUUAAACGAAUAGAAAAUGAGUACUGGCAAAGAGAGAUACUGGAAGACGAUGAUAACUUUAAUUUUAUCAUAGAUACAGGGAAUAGCAGCAGUGAUAACGACGAUGAUGACUACUCGGAUAGUGAUGCAGGAAUGAGCGGAAUUGAAGCGGAUUCUGAUUAAUUUUUGUUUUUAUUAAUUUUAUAAAUAAAUAUUAU